CCUUCUGGUUAAUAUCUUUGACGUUGUUGAGAAAGUUGAAUGUUUGUCUGGCCGUGCUCAAAGCGGCCAUCGUUCCACGAUCACUGUAUAAUGUGGCGUGUUAUAGAGUCAGAGAAGAUGCAAGGUAUGAAAGGACCAAAACACAUCUGCAGUUGUGAAAAACUCGUUUGAGUGGACAACGAAGUGCAGGACCAACAAAAAUAAUGUCACGCUGUAACCACCUUGACGCCCACAAGCACCUCUCUAACGAGAAUCUGGCACGGGCUUCAUCUGUACACGAUGUCAACGCAGACGAUCCACCGUUUAGGAUUCAGAUUCCUUACCGACGAGUCUCUAGUCUUCACACAAAACGCUUGGGACUAUGUUCCUCCAACAGGUCAAUAUGAAACCCUCUUUAGCCAAACAAUCACAGCGAGAAACCAGCCAGAUACCGGGAAAACUUUCACGAAAACAACACAACGAACUCCUCCAAAGAUAGGAAACGGUUGGGAACUCGUGUAGUCUACUCAGGUCCGAUGAAAAUAGCAGACGUUGUAGGCGGCUCCUCUUCCCCUCCCCGCUGCGAAUCGGAACCCUCAACUCGAAUUAUACGCGUAAUUACUCAAAAUAUGCUGUCAAACAAACGUCUCCGCUGGUUGGAAAGCUUCGUGCAGCCGUGCGGGAUCUGUCAUCGCCGGAUACUCUACCGCCUGGCCUGGAGGAGGAGUCGGUUGACAUCGGAGUACUGGUUUUCGUGCUGAGUGCAUUACACCCUGCUGAUUGGGGGCGCGCAGUUCUAAACAUAAGGUGGCCGAGUCGUACUAAGGGACUACAGUCGAUUCGAUCUCAUAUGGCUUAGGUUCUAGGCGUGAAGGUUGUUGGACAACGAGUUUGGCAACAUCUAGGAGGAUAAGACGGGGGUGUACUUCUUUGAAUCGGGUGUGCGAUGAUCCUCCGUUUUUACUUUUCUCAAAUGAAUGUUCCAUUCACUUCGUCGCAGAUGGACCAGGCGUUAUUUUUACGAGCGCACGAACUCCUAACUCCCUGACGAGCACAGUGACAACCGCGGAGAUAGAAGACAAGGGGGUGGACACGAAGCCCGUGUCGUCGCCAGCACCGAUAGUCCUUGAGCUUGCAACGGUUGACGACGUUUUAGAGCCACAGAUUGGAACAGCGAUCCGCAAAUUCAUCGACGUCUUCUCGAACUGUCUUCGCUGCAUCAUCUCCUUUUUCAAAUCAAACAAUCAGGCAUUGACCGUCGCCUGAUCGUGAAUCCGAAGCGUCAAAUGAAUGUCUUUGGCGUGCUUCAGAAGAAUGUUCUCAGCUUGUAUCGACGAUUUGCCGUGACUUGUGACUUUGGAUGCAAGGUGUGUUUCAGAAAGUCGGUUGAACAGACACGAAGGAGACGCUGUGAGGCAUUGGUGGAUGAAGCUUGAAGCUUGAAGUCUUAUGCAGUAUGAAUGGCAACUUUUGAUUAAAAUUUGUUCUAUUACACACUCUGCACAACUUGUUUAUGACUCGAAUCAUAGUACGGGAAUCUACAGUGACGUUCGCACAACACAAUGGCUUGUAUCACUUUGGUAUAUCGAGUCCGAACGCAGCUGAGAAUAGCGCAAAUGAAGUACGCCAACCGAUGAUGAUACAAGCUACAACGUUGAACGGUCCUAAGUCUAUACCAUAGCUGGCACAUGAAUAGAUCACCACAUAAGGGUAGUAUCAAUACCAGGUGCAAAGUCUACAUAUCACAUAUGUUUCGGUGCCAUGGUCCAUGGCGUCCAUGUCCGUUGAAAAGUUCCGCGUUAUACGCACAUCCCCAUUUUGGGCCCUCGGGCGUGCCGACACUCCUGAAUCGGAAUUAGACUCGGAGGUGAAAAUGAAAGCAAAGUGCGUGAGACGGCACGUACAAUCGACUAGAAAAGCCUCGUUCAACCUCUCACCAUCGAGAUUCUUCAACCUGACUGUUAUUGUCCUUUUACUGGCCGUGAAGGUAGCCUUGACGUUGAAAAGCAGUGUUUUCUCGUCGGGUGUAUAAGCUUUGAAGCUGUGGUGCAUUGACAUGAGUGUACUCCGCUUGGUUCUCAUCGAAUCCGCAUCGAAGUCUUCUGCACACCGUGGACGUCGAUAUGAUACAUCGUCUUGCCUUUUCGUCCGUGCCAGUUCUUCUCGAGAAAUCAGCAAGGCUCCGGCUUUCUCUGUACAAACUAUGAUUAGACCCUUGAGAUUGAAUUUUCGACUGCUCACGCACCAGUGACCAAACUGUCUUCGAGAAUGUUCAGCGUAGGUUCGGAUGAUACUGAUGGAGGAAGGUAAGGGUCGUUCAGGUUCAUUCUUUAACUGUUCGAACACCUUGAUGACAGAGAUUCGUGAGGCCAGCAUAUGAACGUUUGAAAAGACAUCGGAGUGACGGAACUUACGGUCAACACGGACUUGCAGAUUCAGAGCUUCCUCCGGUCUCGCCUUGCUCCUGCACACCAUCUUCAUCUGCUCUUUAUGACAGUCUGACUCUUUCAAGAUAAUCGAAUCUUUCCCACAAUGCCAUGCAUAUGCCGACGGAAUUUAGAUGGAGAAGGAGCUGUUGAAGGUCAUCUGGACCAUCAAACAGUAGUCAGACAGCGUGUUUAUUGAAUUGUCCCCUCCCACAUACUAUUACCUGCAUCCAGCGCUCCACUCCAGCUCUCGAUGUCGUCCCCGCCUCCGUUUUCGCCUACUACUCAGCCACCCACCAAUCAUAUGUUUAAUCAAAUGCAGUAUUCCACGAUAAAUGGCGGAGAGUUCUACAACGUCGGCCAUGACCUUGUUCGAAAUUUUCAUACUACGGCCGCCAACCCACAUAAGACUCUAUGGGAUGCAAUUGCUGGCGUUAGAGCUUCCUACAAUUCCAGUCUGCAAUUUGAUCGCGGCAAUUGUCUCCCUGGCACCCGAGAAGCAGUUCUACGAGAUAUCCAUAAAUGGAGUUCCUCUGAAAGUGAUUCCUCCAAACCCGUAUGCUGGCUUUCGGGAACUGCAGGUGUAGGAAAGUCGGCCAUUGCGCUGACAGUUGCAGAAUCAUGCGCCGAAAACAAUCAACUUGCAGCCUCUUUUUUCUUCUUCAGGUCCGACCCCAAGCGCAACAACCCUUCCUUCCUCAUCCUGACGCUUGCGCACAGUCUUGUUACCACAAGGCCAUCGCUACGCCGUAUCAUUCAUGACAAGAUCGCCGCCGAUCCCAGGAUCUUGGAAGCCACUUUGGAACAUCAAUUUACAGAGCUCAUUGUCUCUCCAUUACAGGAAAGGAGAUGGUGGAGACGCCUGCAGGAACGACUAUUACCUCGGAUGAUUCAGAAACAACCCAACCUCGUCAUUAUUGACGGCCUGGACGAGUGCAACGACAGUGACACCCAGUUGCGACUCAUCUCUAUAUUAACAUCUACCUAUCAACAAUUCCCUCAUUUCCCUCUGCGACUUCUGAUCUGUAGCCGUCCUGAAGCGUGGAUUCGAGAGGCCUUCAAUCUCCCAAACAAUCAUCUCCUCACUAAACACAUAAAGUUGGAUGAUUCUUAUUUGCCAAACCAAGAUAUCGAACGGUACUUUCGCAGCGAGUUUAUCAGCAUUCGUACAAACACCAAAUACUCCCAGGUCGUGUUUCCUAACCCAUGGCCUUCCGAAGCUGACACUCACCGUUUGGUUGAGAAUGCUUCAGCCCAAUUCAUCUAUGCGGUGACUGCAAUGAAAGUUGUGAAAGCGGAAUGUUUAUCCCCUAUCAAACAACUUUGCAUAAUCCUCGAUCAUCGAUCUAAUCGAAUCUCUCCAAAAUCUCCAUUCCCCGAGCUCGACAACCUCUAUCAUAUAAUACUUUCCAUCCAUCCUGAACGAGACACACUUCUCUCUAUUCUCAGUACAAUUCUUCUGCUGCCAGAGAGAUGUAGGAAUCCGAAGUUUAUCGAAAUAUUGCUUGGAUUCUCCCCUGGAGAAGUAGACCUUUCGUUGCGAGGAAUGCACUCAGUACUCGACAUUCGCGGCGCGAUGGACGAUAUUCGGGUUUACCACACUUCAUUCUCCGAUUACCUCUGCACCAAGUCUCGAUCUGCCGAGUUCUACAUUGACGAGCCUUGGCAACGCGACUUCCUUGCUUGUCGAUGGCUCAUGGCUCUUGGUAAACUCUGCCAGCCUCAGGCAAAGAGCUUCCAUUACCCGACUGUCAAAACCUUCUUGGAAAAAUGGGACGACUUUUGCUCCUCCAUGAAACAGCCUAGCGAGCAAUUGCUAUAUGAACUUGGAUCUCUCGAUCUUAUCAGCCUCCUCAUUGCUACCGGUGGUGGUCUGGGAGUUGAUGCAGAUGACUCGUACCGUCAGUCAUCGGAGUGGUGGCGCUCAUUAUUCCUUUCCUUUCAAACCAUCACUUCCUGGUUGGAUCGAGAGGGUGUCGACCCAGAAAUCAUUGAACGCUUCGUAGACAUCCAGGAUCGUAUCCAGGUGAACCCCUCACUGGAUGAAGAAACUCGAAGUGACCUUGAAAGCUGGGUAAUUUUCAAUGUCACUGGUUGCCGGUACAAAUGUCCAUCGACAGACCGUGUUGAUGCCUCAGUGGCUAAAUUGCUCGGCGGUGCACGGAAUAGCGAGCCUUCCCCAGGUCCUAUUUCAUUAGCUGGGCCUACUAGUACUCCAGGCGUCCGCAUCGAUAUUCAAUCUGGUUGCUUUCGGACUGUGAAGCGCCUGUGUGAUGAUCUAGAAACCUCAAUGGCGAGAUAUCAAAAUUUGGAACCAGCUGAAAAAGACUUGGAAAUAUGGGAAAUAUCGGAGACUGUUUACAAUUCACUGGAUUCAACGCUACUGGCAUCCUGCGUACCCCAACCUGAACUUCUCUCUAUACUCCGUACAAUCUCUGACUCGGUGAAGAUGUAUUCAGAAAUUGCAAGAGCGCCACUUUAUCUACGGGCGGAACGUCGAGAUAAGCUACUUUCAUGGUGUGAGUCCUUCCUGGAUGGUUAUGCCGAAUGUACAGAUCUCGUCAAAAACCAAAUCUUGCCUUUUUGCUAGUAGUUUUGAAGUUGUAGUCGGAUUGACUGGUCGCAAUUGGCAAAAACUUCAAUCUGACGUUCGGGAAUUCCUCUGGUUAGCAACUGAUCCAUGAUCCGGAUAGGUAGUAGUAGAUUAAUACUUAGCUAUGCACAUUAAACGACGUACCCUAUAUUACUUGACUUACGAAGAAUUUCACCUGCAAUGUUUGUGGAGGCC